AUGAGGCUCAAUAACACUGCUUCCACUUUCCAGCUUACUGGCUUCCUAGGCAUGGAGAAAGCACAUCACUGGAUAUUCAUCCUAUUAUUGGUAGUCUACAUCUCCAUACUUCUUGGCAAUAGUACUCUUCUCUUCCUCAUCAAGAAUGUUCAUAACCUCCAUGAGCCCAUGUACUAUUUCUUAGCUAUGUUGGCAGCUACAGAUCUCGGAGUGACAUUGACCACAAUGCCUACAGUGCUAGGUGUUCUGUGGCUAAAUCACAGGGAGAUUGGCCAUGGAGCCUGCUUCUCACAGGCCUAUUUUAUCCAUACUCUUUCUGUCGUGGAGUCAGGUGUCUUGCUUGCCAUGGCUUAUGACCGUUUCAUUGCCAUCUGCAACCCCUUAAGAUACACCUCUAUCCUGACCAACAUCCAGGUAAUGAAGAUUGGUGUGGGGGUAUUGACAAGGGCUGGUCUGUCCAUUAUGCCAAUAGUUGUUCGCCUACACUGGUUUCCCUAUUGCCGAUCCCACGUGCUCUCCCAUGCUUUCUGUCUACACCAAGAUAUCAUCAAGCUAGCGUGUGCUAAUAUCACCUUCAAUCGACUCUAUCCAGUUGUAGCUGUAUUUGCAAUGGUCUUGUUGGACUUUCUCAUCAUCUUUUUCUACUACAUUUUGAUUCUCAAGACUGUCAUGGGCAUUGCUUCUGGAGAAGAAAGGGUCAAGGCCCUCAACACAUGUGUCUCUCAUAUCUGCUGCAUCCUGGUCUUCUAUGUCACUGUAGUUGGUCUGACGUUUAUUCAUGGGUUUGGAAAGCACGUUCCUCAUGUGGUUCACAUUACAAUGAGCUACAUCCACUUCCUUUUCCCACCUUUUAUGAACCCGGUUAUCUAUAGCAUUAAAACUAAGCAGAUUCAGAGUGGUGUACUUCACUUAUUCUCCCUGUCUCACUCUAAGGCAUAA